UCCGGGUCAACCCAUUGACGUUAUAUGGGGCGUGCGAAUAAAACGCAAUCUGGUCUCGACAUUGCGUCCAGCGUGAGGGCCGCACGACCGCUGGCGUCCAAGUUGAGCCACGACCGGCUCAACUGGCUUUGACCCGCCGCUGGUUCACUUUCCCAUCGUCCGUGUGCAUUCGACGAUGGCGUCGCUGCCCCCGCAAGAUGAAGAGCGGUUCAAGGACAUUGCAAAGCAAGCCACGGCCGACCUCAUUCGCAAUGCGUUGCGCCUGCCGCAGCUCAAACUGUUGUCCCGCAUCCAGCACAAAACGACCGCCCGCCAGGCGCUGGUUUACGGUGGCCAAGACAUUGUAAACCCGGCGUUGCCCCUCGUAGGCGCCCAUACCUUUAUUCGAUCGACAUUAUCCGACGUCGCCGACUUGUUUCAGCUCGACACGCCCGCGAAACAGGAUGCAUUCCACGCGACCGUAGGCUCCCGCAUUGCAUCCAAGCGAAAGCUCUUUUCCCUGUCGCAGCCGCACGCGACGAACCAUGCCCAGUGCGACAUUUCGUGGUUUGCGUACAACUCGCCCGUCCCCGGCAUGUCGAAGCGAGACUUUUGCGUGCUCGAAUCCCACAACGAGAUUGAAAUCGUCGACCACUCCAACAUCGCUCGUCGUGGAUGGGUGCGGUGCAUCCACUCGAUCGACGACAUUGCAACGUAUCCCUCCGUGCCCAACAUGGUGCGGGCGUCCAUCGCCCGAUCCGGCCUCGUUUGCAUCGAAACCGACACACCCGGGCUCUUGGACGUGUACUACGUGCUCGUGCCGGUGCUCACAGGUGCCGGGUGGAAUAUCGCGACGAAGCGAAUGGCAAAACGCCAAGUUGAAAAGAUAUUGCGCCUUGAGCAGUUUCUGGCGUACCAGCAUUUGGACAUGGACUGCGUUCGAGUGAUCUCGCCGUCGUCUAAACGCCAGAACGCAAAACUGUGCACCCGCUGCUCGAAAACCUUGCACUUGUUUCGACCAAAGCGCCAGUGCCACCGGUGUUUCGAAGCCAUGUGUCCCACAUGCGGUUGCGAGUGGCCGCUUCGAGGAAAAAAAUUGUUUGUGUGCCAUGAUUGCUUCCAUCCUGGCAUGCAUGACCCGUCGUCAGGUGACUGAUCCAACUACUACGUACGUUGGCAUGGUUGAACGUUGUGAUGAUGAAUAGAUACCCUCCGCGGGCGGCAAAUGACAAUUUCAAUUACCAAAGCCAAGGUGGAAGGCCUCUUGGAAGCAGUGGCAACCCCCGAUAUCCUUCGCGACGAACUCGAGCAUGACGUCGAAUCAGAGCGCUACACAAGCGACACGAGUGGAGCCGACUUGGACGACGAAGUGAACAUUGUCGAAGAUACCAAGUUGCUCCAGUUGCUGUGCGACCAGGAUGCGCUGUAUCGGCUUUGCCAGCAGUACAAAUUGGACUGCUGAGCAGACGAGACCCCAUGAAGAGGACUUUUUCCAUCGGAAGACCGAGUCCUCCUGUACCAAAUGAAUCAAUAUCAUGCCACUCUUUAUUCAAGCGAUCCCAUGCACGGGUGUCAUGCAAGAUGAAGUUUGCCCAAAACAUUCGCCGCUCGCAGCACUGUUUCGCCACACUUGUUCCAGAGGGAGGAGGCGAAGACGGUUGUGCUUGUGAAGGCUACAGUCGUGAUGGAAUUUCGAG